AAACCGCUGCUGAUGAGAUCCAAAUAUAUGCCAAUGUCAACACAUGUUCAUGUUGAUGAGGUUUACUGAACAAAUUUGAAUCAUCACAACAACCAAAAUGUUAGCAACACAUUAUAAAGUUUAUUAUUAUCACUAUGGUAACCAUGUUUAUGUUUGUUACCUGCUAACUCAAACACAUUCUGUAGGUGUCACAUUUUGAGGACUGUAAGUUCACACACUUUCAGACUUUUGCAAACCGGAGUUGGAGAUUGCAGAGAGAAGACGAAGUGUUUUGUAAAACCUUUACAAGUUCUACGGAUUAUUUGCUCAAACAACAAAAGUGCAAACAUGUUUUGCUGGACUCUAAGAAGAAGAAAGAUAAUAAAGGAGGAUACUGUGGGUGUUGGAGAGGACCCACUGAAAAAUGUGAGUGCACGAAAGGAUCUCACAGAUGAACAUGUGGCCCCUGACACUCCAGCCACCUCUUCUGCACCAGUCUCACCUCCAGCUGAGACUCAGACGAACAAAUCAAAGAAGGCUUCCUGGUGGCGCAGAUGGCUUUUUUGUGAGAAAAAGUCAAAGGUUUUUCCCAAAAAUGAAGACAAGGCAGAAGACACAGUCGUGCCACCUUCUGAACCCCAACAGAGUACCAUCAGCACUGAAAAAUGUGAAGUCAAGGACGUUGGUGUCCAGACAGAGGUUUCCUGCCCUCCCAACUCGCUGCUGUUUUUCUGCACGAAAAAGGUGACCUUAGAUGAUGAGCCGCGUUGUCCUGAAGUCAAUGAGAGAGAUGAGCCAGUUUCCAGGCUGUGUACCCCAGCAGGUCACGGUGGUAGCCAGGGGGCCAUGCUAAGAGACCACGUCACACACUGCUGACUAACAUACGAUGAUGAGUUCGUCAAUGAUGAGCUGCGGCAGAGAACAGCUUACCUGCUGUUCUAUGAAAAACAGCUUUUCAGCUCCACAUUUUUGCCAUUUCUUCCACACUCAACUCUUUUCUACAAGGUGAGCGCACAGUGAAGGAAGGGGAGGGCUGAUGGCAUUAAGAGAUUUGAUUGGGCAAUCUAGGGGCCAGUUAGUUCUUCCCUUUGGUGAAAGCUGGGCUCUUCAGUUCAGCAUGGUACAGCUCCAAAGAUUCUGCAACAUCAAACCCUCUGUCUGCUAAUAUUACAUCACCUGGGCUGAGGCAGUCCAGGUAACAGUUUCUAUUUUUGUUUUUAAACUUUAGAUAUAAACAAAACAAGAAAAAUAACAUUUAUCACUCCAUCUCGAUUCAUUUUCAUGUCAUAAGUGUUAGCAACAGUUCUAGAAAAGGAGAAGUUUGUUCCAGUUUGCAGAAAUGUUAUUACAAAUGUUCAAACUACUGCACUGUAAAAUCUAAGUAGUUCCCAGAACUCAAAAAAACUAUGCAAACUCAUUGCCUCCAGAAAAAUUGAGUGCAGUUUACUUAAGAUGACUGUUAGGACAACUUCUUCACUGCAAGUAUGCAGUACUAAGAAUAACAAUUUGUGGUAACCUGAUUAUGAUUCAAAAUGAAUAAUUAACAACACUUCUUGUAAUGGUGUUAAAAUCAGGACAACUUUUAUUUUCAAAUGCAAAAAGUAAAAGAAAAUCAGCCAACAUACUGGACACAUAUAAUUGUCAAUAUAAUUGCUUGUUGUUCUGCUGAACAAUAACAAUUAUACUGUCAUCAUUGUUACAGAGAUUGAAACUUUAUUGAUAAUUUGUCCAGGUAAAAAAUGCCCUCCCACAAAUGUCAUGUGACAACCUCAUUGGCUUACAGAGUUUUGACAUCACCCACAUUUAGAAUCUUACCACCACUUUGAUCCUUUGAUCCUUUGAUCCUAAAAACCCUUAAAUAGGAGUGAGACACAACAACUUUUAGUCUGUUAUUCGCAGCAUUUACGUUUGCAGCAUUCAAACGCUCACCAGAGAAGCCUUUUGUGGAUCCUUUUCAGAGUCACUGUUCACUGUUUACAGAUUCUAACAUGUCUCCGAAAAAACACAACAAAAGAGAAAUAGUAAAGCCCAGCGCUCCUCUUUGCGAUCAAGAGGACAAUAUUCAAGUACAGAAGAUGUGCUUGGAAGAAAUGGAUGAGAAAAAUCUCAGGGAGAAUCACAAUACGCGACACCCGCCCCAGCCAGAGUACAUCUAUUACGUCUGGCAAAGUUUUUUUGAACAACGAGCGGAGAUUAUGUGCCUGAGAGAAGAAUAUGAGAGAAGGACUGCUGAAGUACAUAGAUUGUUCAGCCAGCUUGUUGAAAAGGAAGAUAUUCAAAAGGAGAAAGAAAUGGAAGUCCUAGACAUGCGCGGAAGGAUCUUUGAGCUCCAAGCAAAGCUUAAUAAAGCUCAAGAAAAACCAACAGAAGAAGUCCUCCAACAGAAGAAAAACGAGCAGGACAAGGACAAAAAGAUUCAGGAGUUGCAAGUAAAGCUUGACGAAGCUUUGCAAAAAAAUAAAGAAAUCCUCCAAGAGAAGAAACAACUGGUCAUAAAACUCCAAGGCACAGAGAUAAAUCACAAAGUGCUGAAAGGAAGGGUUGAGUUUCUUCAAAAGAAAGGGCAACAGACCAUGAAACAGGAAGAUACGGAUUGCAAGCUUCAGGACAUGGAGAAA